AUGCAUCAUCUAUUGAAAUAUAUAUUUUCUUCGAGCCAAUGUUGCUGUAAAAUGUAUUUACCUCAGUGCAGAAUGUGUUUUCCAACUGUAACUGCAAACAAUAAUUCAUUUUUAUCAGUCCGAUUGUAUAAAAAUCACAGGAUUAUGGCAAAUGUUUAUUUUGCGGAUGAUCGAUUUUCAAAGCGCCAUAAUAAAUUGAAAAAUGCCAUUCGAGAUAAACAGAUUAUUUUACAAAAAACUAAACAAAAAUUUCAAACCAAAGGUAAAUUCAUACUGGAUGACAUCAAGGAAACUAAAUCAAAGGUACGGGAUACUAUAAAGGAGAAUGUUUGGACAAUACCUAACAUGCUAUGUAUGACUAGAAUAAUCCUAAGUCCUUACUUGGGUUAUCUUAUUGUCAAUGGAAACUUCGAGUAUGCCCUCAGUUUUGUGGCCAUAGCAAGUGUGACAGACUUAGUUGAUGGGUGGAUUGCUAGAAAUUUCCAAGGUCAGAAAUCAAAAUUAGGUAGUUUUUUAGACCCAAUGGCUGACAAAGUACUUGUGGGUACUAUGUUUUUCACCUUGACUUAUAUAGAUUUAAUACCAAUAUAUCUUACCGGUAUUAUUAUAUUAAGGGAUCUGGUUUUAAUUGGUGCUGCCUUCCAAAUUCAUUAUAUGUCAAUACCUAAACCCAGGACUUUAAGUAAAUUAUUUGAUGUCACCAAUACCAAUGUUCAAUUAGCACCCAUGUUCAUAAGCAAGGUGAAUACUACGGUUCAGUUAGCAAUGGUUUGUGCUACUUUAGCAGCUCCAGUUUUUGAAUUUGUCGAUCAUCCCGCACUCAAAGUGUUAUGGUGGCUAACAACUGCUACUACAGUGUCAUCGGCAGUAAGUUAUAUAGUGCAUAGAAAAAAGACUUAUAAAAUAUUUAAUAACCAAAGAAGAUAA